AUGACAAGAUCUUUGGUUCAUCCAGUUCCGGCCACGGGCGCUACGGCCAGCCCUGUUGUCGUCAACGAGCUCUCUUUCGAGCUGAAUGGACACAGUGUCUCGUAUCGCUUCCAUGUCGACCACGAAACAGGCGACCUUGUCUCGGACCACUUUGGUGGUAGUGUGACGGAAAAUCCUGCAGUGCAACUUGCACACAAUGGUGGAUGGUCGACGAAGGGCCAUGUUCGGCGCGAGUUUCCUGACCUCGGUAGAGGGGACUUCCGAUCUCCGGCGGUGCAUAUCAAGCACUCUGAUGGCCAUACUGUGAGCAACUUCAAAUAUCAAUCUCACACGGUCAUAGACGGCAAGCCCAAUUUGCCUGGCCUCCCUGCAACCUUUGGCAGCGAGGAUGAAGUCGCGACACUUGUUCUUCACUUGUACGACGGCUAUAGUUCCAUCGCUGCUGAUAUAUCGUACUCUGUCUUCCCUAAACAUGAUGCCAUCGUUCGGAGUAUCAAAAUCUCGAACAAGGGAACAAGAAAAAUCUCAAUCGAAAAGCUGGCUAGCUUCAGCGUUGAUUUGCCGCGCAACGACUACGACAUGCUGCAGCUCCGGGGCGAGUGGGCGCGGGAGUGCUCCCGACUGCGUCGUAAGAUUGACUACGGAACGCAAGGAUUUGGUAGUACCACUGGCUACUCGUCGCAUUUCCAUAAUCCAUUUCUCGCUAUCUUGUCCCCUACUACCACCGAGUCGCAAGGGGAGAUUUGGGGCUUCUCUCUGGUAUAUACGGGCUCAUUCAGCGUCGAGGUGGAGAAGAGCCCCCAGGGAUUAACCCGCGCUCUGAUCGGCAUGCAUCCUUAUCAACUCUCUUGGCCUCUUGAGCCAGGAGAGUUUCUGGUAUCUCCCGAAUGCGUCUCCGUUUUCUCAGACUCGGGAGUCGGCGAGAUGUCGCGCAAGUUCCAUCGCCUCUAUCGUCAGAAUCUUAUCAAAAGCAGAUUCGUCAGCGAGCCACGGCCUGUUCUUCUCAACAGCUGGGAAGGCCUGUACUUCGACUUCGACGAAAAGACCAUCUAUAAACUUGCGGUAGAGUCGGCUGCUCUGGGUGCGAAGCUCUUUGUCCUAGAUGACGGCUGGUUCGGGGUUAAGCAUCCUCGUCUCGACGACACCGCUGGUCUCGGCGACUGGGAAGCUAAUCCUGAUCGAUUUCCAGAGGGCCUGAAGCAGCUCGCAGAAAACAUCACGAGCCUCCAGGCCAGGAACUCUCAGGAAAAACUACAGUUUGGUCUCUGGUUCGAACCUGAGAUGGUCAACCGGAAGUCCGGCUUGUAUGAGCGACACCCUGCCUGGGUACUCCGCGCUGGCGAUUGCCCUCGCACCGAACUACGCCAGCAACUGGUACUAAACCUGGCCCUCACCGAGGUCCAGGAUUUUAUCAUCGAAUCACUAACUUCGAUUCUUCGGGCUAUGCCUAUCACUUACAUAAAGUGGGAUAACAACCGCGGCAUGCACGAGAGCCCCACGCCGGACAACCAUCACGCAUACAUGUUGGGUAUGUAUCGCGUGUUCGACAAGCUGACGUCCCACUUUCCCAACGUUCUCUGGGAAGGCUGCGCGUCCGGCGGUGGCCGCUUCGACCCUGGUAUCCUACAAUACUUCCCGCAAGUUUGGACGUCAGACAACACGGAUGCACUGGACCGAAUUUACAUCCAGUUUGGUACCUCGUUGGUAUACCCACCAUCGGCAAUGGGCGCGCAUGUAUCGGCCGUGCCAAACGAGUUGACAGGACGUAUUACGCCCAUUCGAUUCCGCGCUCACGUGGCCAUGAUGGCUGGCUCAUUCGGUCUGGAGCUCAAUCCGGAUGCCAUACCUGACAAGGACAAGGACCAAAUUCCGGAGUUGAUUGCUCUUGCGGAGAAGAUUAAUCCGAUCGUUGUACUAGGGGAUUUAUGGCGUCUUAGCGUACCGGAAGAGUCCAACUAUCCGUCAGCGCUCUUCAUCUCCCAGGAUGCCAACCACGCAGUCCUAUUUGCUUUCCAGAUCCGUGCCACAACAGUACACAACUACCCUCUGAUUCGUCUCCAAGGCUUAGAUCCAGCGGCAUACUACAGCCUCGAUGGCAAGCAGAUUCUUUCGGGUGCAACACUUAUGAAUGGCGGCAUUCAGUAUAGAUUUGCGGGCGACUACGACAGCAAAGUCGUUCUCUUAGAGCGGCUCCAGGAUUGA